AUGAAGACAUUCACACCUUUGAAAUUCGUGGUGCUGUGGCCCCGCUGUCUUACACUUUGGUUGCAUUGUUUCUGCUUCCACUUCUAUGUCUUGAUCUCCAGGAUCUUGUCUCUCAUAUCACAUCCGAGGUUUAUCGUUGAUUUCGUGUGAUUUGUUCUUGUAGGUCAUUUGGUGGUGUAUUUGGGAGUACUGAUUGAGGAUCACGCAGAGAAGUGAUGAGUGCCAUUGUGUAGUCCAUGAAGCAGGUUGCUAUCACUGAUAACGAUGGCGGCCUUUUCUGCAACGCUCUCUCCUUCUCAUGCUGCGGUAGAUUUAGGUUUCAAUGAUUAUGGGCAUGUUAGCUGCAAACAAAAAUACAAAAUUUCAAGAAGAGAAUCCUUGGCGGCACCUGGGCAACAUAGAACAACUUUCAGUAUAUUGCGUAGACCUAAAACUCUGUCUGCUACACGUCCUCUGGUACAAAGCUCUUGCACACAAAAUGAUGAUUCUGUUGUCUUGAGGGAGCGCUCCGGGGACAAUUCUAGCAAAGACGCGACUUCACAGCGUAAUCCUCUAAGCAGCGAACUAACCAGCACUAUUGAGUUAGGUUUUAUGCUCAAAAACAAAGGAAAGUUGCAGCUGCUGAACAAACUAAGCGUGGCGAAUCAAUAUAUCCGUCAACUACAACAUGAUUUGCGAGACAAGGAAGAAGCAUUGGUGAAAACUAGAAGUGAGCUUUCUGCAAUGCAAAUGGAACUCCAGGUUCUCGUAAGGAUUUUGCAUGAAAUAGGCAGACAGGGCAUCAAGCCGGGAACUCAAAAAAUCAACGGCCGUUACAUUCACUCUCAUCUUGCAUCUAGACUUGAAGAGAUGCAGAGAAUUGUACAGGAGCGAAUCAAGGAUGCUGACCAAGUUCGGGUGCGAAGAAUUGACCUUGUCUUUUAUGGAAUGGCUGAGGAUGUGCAAGUAAUGGGCUCAUUUGAUGGAUGGACACGGGGAGAACAAAUGUCACCGGAGAAUACGGGCACGUUCACUAAAUUCACCACCAGCAUUAAGCUUCGGCCAGGACAGUACGAGAUCAAGUUUUUAGUUGAUGGAGAAUGGCAAUUGUCACCCGAACUUCCAACCGUUGGCGAAGGCUUGACCAUGAACAACAUGAUAAUCGUGGACGGGUACUAAUAAUUGACUGGUAUCAAGGAUGAAUUAAUUCCAGUUCUCCUAAAAUACAACCGAUUCUUUUCCGUAUCCUUGACUUGCGAGGAUAUUUCCUUAGUCUAAUAGAAAGGAAGAGUUGGGUAUAGGCAAUUAUUUGUUGUGUAAGAAUUCAUUUCUGCAAAUUGAAGCCAGCAUUUAUAUACAUAUCAAACAUCCGCCAACCCGAUGUUGAUAAGCUA